AUGAGUUGGGCGGAAGGCGCGGAGGGCGGCGCGCGCAUCCGCCCGCGCGUUGUUCGCUACGCUGCGCGGCGCUCCGCGCCAACUUCACUCUACGGACUGACCUCGUUAGGGCCACGCUAUUCUCGCUACGCCGCGCCGGCGGGGCGGUCGCAUCCCUUAGGUCCGGUCGAACGCCAGCCGGGUUCGUUUAUCACUAAGCUAGCUUCCACCCGCGACGUUUCUCGCGUGGCUCACUUCGUAAUAAAAUAUUAUACUCACCCACUCGCUCUACAAAUACUUGGCGAAUUCCCG